CCGCGCGAAAUCGCGGCCAUCGACGCUAUCGUUGCAUAACCUUAUCACCCCGAUUUACACGAGAUCGCAACCCGAUUCAAUACUACUUACGAAACCAUACGAUAUCGGAGGUAUCAGAUACGGGUUCGGAAAGCUCUUGGCUGGGAUUCCCGGAAAAAACCAGGCCGUCGAUCGAUAAUUAUACCAGAAAUGGAAGAAGCGGAGGAAAUUAUCGACUUUCUUAAUAAGGAAUUCGGCAUUAAACCUCACCAAACGACGAUCUCGCGUCUUUUGAAGAGAUUAGAGAUUAUAUAUAAGAAAAUCAAGGCGUAUAAUGAUUCUCGAUUUUGGAGAGCAGAUCAGAUCAUUACCGUAGACGAAUCAGCUUUUAAUAAGUAUACGGGGUAUAGGAAAUAUGGAUAGGCAUCUCAGGGCUUACCUGCGGAGAUAAAGAUACUCUUGAAGCGAUCUCCUAAGUAGUCCCUUUUACCGGUAUAUAUGAUUAAUAGGUAUCUUGAUCCUUUGGUUUAUUAAGGCAAUAUUAUAGCCGAGAUUUUUGAAGAUUAGAUAGAAAAUAGGGUGCUCCCGCAGUAUAAUCCAUGGCCGGGCAAAAAUUCGAUUAUUAUAAUAAAUAACUAUGGUAUAUACCGGAGUCAGAGGGUACUUGAUAUGUGCCGGGUACGGGGUAUUUGGAUAUGCU